AUGGCUUCCCUCAUCCUCCAAAUCGUCUGGAUGGCGAUGAACCGUGCCCGGACAUUGGGCACACACUUCGGCAACAACCGCCUUCAGGCGGAACUACUGGAGGACAUCCGGGAACUCCUUGGCGAGGCUCGCGGCUAUCGCCUUCGUGGCGAACGCCGUGAUCUCAACAGGAACCCCGGGCGUUUUCCUGUACGACGUCGUUUCGGGGGAAACCGACAUGCAAACGUCGGCCCUCCGUCACGACGUUCGGUGGUGUCGUCCACGGCUUCACCCGCGGCGCCAUCCGCGGCUCCGCCCGCGGCGCCAUCCGCGGUUCCGCCCGCGGCGCCACCAUCGAGGGCACCAACUCCACCGGCGCCUCCAGCGCCGGUCCUCGCCUUGCCGGCUCCACCCCGGCCUCGGUGCCCGCUCCACGGCGACGGCCCGUGCCCACCACCGCCACCAUCCAUGGUGGCCAGCCAAUGGCUGUCACUGGGCAUAGAGCCGCAGUCGCCGAUUCGGUACCCGACGCCGACGCCGUCUUCUGAGCAGGCUGCACACAGCCCGCCUCCGCGCCGCCCAUCUCCACCAACCAUCGCGGCGCGGAUGUCGGCGCCGACUCGUCUGCCAGCAUACUUCGUCGACCCGGCGCUCGCUGCACCACCACCGCCGCUACCACCUCCUCCUGCGCGUCUCCGCCGCACGUGGAUCAGCGUCCCCCACGGGCCAUCGGCUCGAGGACGCGCUCCGUCGGCCUGA